UGUAUUUCGGAAUUCAAUUAACGACGCCUAGAGGUGGGCCCUGCUGCUUCAGUCUUACUGUACGCGACGUUUUGCGUUAGUUACUGAAGUUUGAUUUGUCUGUUUGUCGACAUACAAGAAUGGCUGAUGAAGAAUUGGAGACGCUCAGGCGGCAACGGCUGUCCGAGCUACAAGCUAAACAUGGGGAUUCACCUCGGGAUCAGCAGUCUCAGCAAGAGGCAAAACAGAGAGAUGCUGACAUGAGAAACAGUAUUCUGGCUCAAGUUCUUGAUCAGUCUGCCCGUGGUAGAUUGAGUAACUUGGCACUUGUGAAGCCAGAUAAAGCCAAAGCUGUGGAGAAUUACCUCAUACAGAUGGCAAGAUGCGGACAGCUUGGAGGAAAAAUUUCAGAACCAGGGUUGAUAGAAAUCCUUGAAAAGGUCAGCCAGCAGACAGAGAAGAAGAUGACAGUCAAGUUUAACAGGCGAAGAGUUCUGGAUUCUGACGAGGAGGGCGAUGAUUAGAGUUACGUUUGGUAACUGCUCAGACAGAUGGUUGAAAGCGUGAGAGAAGGCUGGUGGAUUGAAGCUUUUGUAUUCUGUUGGCAAUUCUGCAUGCGGAGUGUGCUUUUGGGGACAGUGGUCCUGUCCAUUUCCUCGGAUUUGGAACUCUGUGUUAAGUUUCCUUUUCAUGGCGAUUUGACCUUUUGCCAUAAAUAAAAUGCAAUAUUUGUUGGUGCUGCAGCUAUGUUUUUAGAGACUGCUAAAUAAAUAUCGCAGCCAA